GCAGGAAGCGCCGCAAUCCUCGCCCUUCCCUCCGCCACUCUUUCGCGCCCAUCGCGGAGCUUCAGUUUCCACCCAGAUGCUGGAGCAGGAAGCAGCUCCGCCCGGGCACCGCAGGGCACUCUUCGCAUGGGCAGAGGAACCCCGGAGGCGAGGAACAGGGAGUCCCCUGCUGGGAAGGCAGACGGUGGGGGGAGGGAGGGAGGAGAGGAGGUGGCCAAGGGGCGGGGCUGCGAGGCGGGGGCGGAGCCCGGGAGGAGAGCAGAAGCCCCGCCCUCGCCUCCACCCUCCCACUCGCUGUUAUCUCCGCUUCCUUCUGCCUGUCUGUCUUCCCCCUGGGAGGAUCGGCGCUGGAUCCCUCGGGAGAGGCUCCUGGGUCUUACUUCGGGGAGGUCGGGCUGCUCCCCCUCCGGCCUUUGGGGCGCCCCUCCCGCCAGAAGAGCUUCCCCCCCCCGCCAGGAGAAAGGAGACCAGUGAAGAUGUGGCCGUGAGCUCCACAGAGGACAAGGUGCGUUCUUGGAUCGGAACCCGCCAACUCCAUUCAAGAGAAUUUGGAAAUUGAGGCCUGGUUGGAGAAGCAGCUUCUUGCACAAAGGACCAAUCGGUCAGACUCGAUCAGACCCGUCAGCAGUGAGGAUCAUACCUGGCCUUGAUUCAAAACAGUAACGAGUGACCCAGAGACCUCUUAGCUGCCACUUUAAAGGAGACGAAUGAGGAUGUGGCCAUGAGCUCUAUAGAGGAGAAGAGGCAUUCUUGGAUCGGGACCCACCAACUUUUGGCCAGGACUCCAUUCUAGAGAAUUUGGAAAUGGUGGUCCAGUUGGAGAAGCAGCUUCCUGCACAAAGGACAAAUGGAUUAAGGAGAAAUCAAACCAGUCAGCAAUGAGGGUCGUUCCUAGCCUUGAAUCAGAGGGGUAAUAAAUGUACCAGAAACCUUUUAGCUGUAAAUUUAAAGGGGAGAAAAGAUUGGGAUCAAAGAUUCACCUAUAAGCCAAGUAUCAACAGAUAAUAGAAAAUUGGCACAAGGCAGCAGUCACCAAAAAGCAUGGAGAGUGGGAAGCUCUUGAAUCCCCCGUCAGACACAAGCAACACUCUGAAAAACCACCAAGGAACCCACGAAUGCUCAGAGUGUGGGAAAGGCUUUGCUCGCUGGUCCCUCCUUUUGACCCACUGGAAGAUCCAUGUGGGAAGCGGAUCCAGUCAAGGACUGGAGGGUGAGAAAUCCUUUUUUGGAAAAGGAGCCAAAGAUCUCAGAAGCUCCCCCAGAUUAAAACCCCAUAAAUGUGAGGAAUGUGAUUUAUGCUUUGGUCAAAAGUCAAACCUUCUUAGACAUCAGAAAAUCCACACCGGAGAGAAACCUUAUCAAUGUCUGGAAUGUGGGAAAUCUUUCCGUGAAAAAGCCUAUCUCAGAGACCACGAGAGAAUUCACACAGGGGAGAAACCUUACGAGUGUUGGCAAUGUGGGAAGAGCUUUCCUCGGAAGUCAGAUCUUUGGCACCAUGAGAAGAUCCAUACGGGAAUAAAAUCUUACAAAUGCUUUGAGUGUGGAAAAUGUUUCACUGACAAUUCAACUCUUCGGAAGCAUUUGAAAACACACAGAGGGGAGAAAAACGAAAAGUGCCCUGAAUGUGGGAAAUGUUUUGCCUUGAAAUCACACCUGGUGCAACAUCAGAGACGUCACACAGGAGAGAGACCCCAUAAAUGCCCAGAAUGUGAGAAACGAUUUAUGUAUUCUUCUGAACUUCAGAGACACCAGAAGAGUCACAAAGAGGAGAAACCAUAUAAAUGUGGGGAGUGUGGGAAAGGUUUUGUUACUCAAACAGCGUUUCAGGUUCAUGAGAGAACCCACACGGGGGAGAAACCAUUCAAAUGUGGGGAAUGUGGGAAAUGCUUUACCCAAAAACACCACCUUGCAACGCACCAGAGGCUCCACACAGGAGAGAAGCCAUACAAAUGCCCAGAAUGUGGAAAAUCUUUUGCUUAUAAGGAUGUACUUUGGAAACAUCAUAAAACCCACACAGGGGAGAAGCCCUAUCAAUGCAAUGAAUGUGGAAGAUUUUAUCGUACCACAUCAGCCCUUUGGAGACAUGUAAAAAUUCACACAGAGGAAAAAAACUACAAAUGUUUAGACUGUGGGAGAGCAUUUGUUCUUUCAUCUCACCUUAAACGUCACAGCCAAAUGCAUACAGGAGAGAAGCCCCAUAAAUGCUCGGAGUGCAAUAAAUAUUUUUCUCAAAAACAAACUCUUGUGAGACAUCAGAGAAUCCACACUGGAGAAAAACCAUAUAAAUGUCUGGAGUGUGGGAAAUGUUUUGCCCAGUCUUCGUCACUUCACAAGCACACCAGAAAUCACACAGGAGAGUGGCCUUACAAGUGUGCAGAAAAUGAGAAACCUUUUCAUUGUAAAUCAAAGCUAAAAAUACAUCAGGAAGUCCAUAAUGGAGAGAUAUCUCUUCUGUCGUGAACAAUGUGGGAAACGUCUUUUUCAAAAGUCACACCUUACCAUUCAUCAGGAACUUCACACAGUGACAGGAGGGAAAUCCUACAACUGUUUGGUGUGGGGAAAAUGUUUUUCCUAGUCACAGUGUCUUAAAUACUAUCGGAGAGUACACAAUAAAGCAAAAGGGCAUUAAGUGUUGGGAGUGUGAAAAGAGUUUGGCUGACAAAGGUGCUGCACUAGUAAUUUACCAGAGACAUUACACAAGAGAAAAGAGUUACAAGUGUUGGGGAGGGUAGAUUAUGUUUUGCAGAGUGCUGCUAGUCCUCGACUUAUGGUGGAAUUGAGAACAGAUUUGUGGUUGUAGCUUUAUACAGUCGUCCAUUGAGGUACCCAUAUGAUUGGAUAUGAUUUUAAGACAUCGUUGUGGUCAUUAAACAAGUCACUGCAGUCCUAAGUCUAAACAUACUCUUUCAAGUUUGCAUGUUCUACAGAAAACUGACGAAAAAGUUGCACAUUGUGAUCCCAUGGCUGCAAGAUCAUGGAACCGGUCAUAAAAGGCAGCCGGUUGUCAAGUGCCCAUAAUUUAGUUAUCUAACCUUGAAGAACAGGGGCAAAAUGUUACCAUGCCCGGAAUUGUUUUAUGGGCCAUCAACACCUGUCACCAUUUUGAACAGUUGUUAAGUGAUGUCAUAACUCGAGGACUGCCCGUAAUGAAACCUUUGAUAAACUCUGAAACAUUCAGAAAAGGGGGCCAUUGUUGAAAUGCUUGAAAUAUUGCAAAAUACCGACCUCACUGAGACCUCUGCAGGCCCCAAAGGAUUCACAAGAGAAAUAAACUGUGCACUUGAUGUGCGUAAAAUAUUUUCCUGGAGUGUCUACCUGGGUCUGCAGGUAAAAAUGCUCUGAAGAGAAACCCUCCAGGUGCUCGGACUAUUGGACACACUUUCUGGGUGACAAACCACAUCAGAGCUUGGUGUGUGGAAAAUCUGUUCCUUGAAAUAAGAAUUGCCAAACAUUUGUAAGUUCUCACUGAGAAGAGCCCUAGAAAUGUUUGUAGUAUAGAAAACAUUUUAUCCUGAAGUCUUUUCAAAAAACAGAUAGCCGUUCAUAAUUGUGGUACACUGAGAAAAAAAAUUACCCUUAUCUACUCUCUCGUAUUCCCAGUGGAAGAGACCCCAAGAGACCCAGGUUGCCAGCUAUGAACUGGGACAGGAAAUCCUCUUUCAGGAUUCUAAUGUAUAACUUUUAAGGUUUCAUGGAUCUUUUGCUUCUCUGGGAACCGUAUGGAAUCGUAGGUUCCACUGAGAAUACGAAAGGGUGGAUAAGGGGGCAAAAAAGACCCUGAGGCUUAAGUGGCAUCUGGAGGAUAUUUUCUCCCUCUAGAUCAGAAUCUUAUUUUAAUAACACCCAGGCGAGGGAUUUUUUUUUUCACCCUUUACCACAAAAUCAUUUCAGUCCAUUGUGCAGCCUUAAUAAAAUCAUUUAUACUAUC